AUGUCUGUGCAUCCGUCUUACCAGCAUGUAAUGGUCCACGGAUUACCCUACGACCGCGGGUUCUCCUAUGGGGAGCAAACUAAGGAAAAGAUCAAGCGCAAUGUCGCGUACUAUAAGCAGCCAGGUAAACUAGGACCAUGGUCCUCGGUUUUGAGAGUCAUUCAGAAAUGCUAUAUUCCUGGGCUCCAAUGUUACUGGCCAUCUGGAUUGGAAGAAAUGCGUGGCGUUGCUGCUGGCGCCGGCGUUACAGUCGAAGACAUCGUCAUGUUGAAUGCGCGAUAUGACCUCUCGCAUGUAAAGUUCGACGCCGUGUCUGAAACCCCCGCCGGAGAAGAAGCCAAGUCCAUGGACGCUGUCCCCGAAGUCUCUCGGGAGACGCCUGCCGUCAAAGUGGCCGUUUCAGAGUCCAGUGUCACGGAGCGCACUAAACCUGACACCGAGAAGAAUCCCGCAGCGGAAGGAAAGCCCGUUGAGGAAAGGAUACAGGUCGAAGUCGCAGAAGAAUGUACCUCCGCAAUCAUUCUCACCCCCGCGACAAGGGAUCGGGUAGUCUUGACCGCACAGAACUGGGAUAUGUCGCACCGCCUUGUCACCGAAGACGCCAUUAUCUACCUUGAGAUUCAUCCAGAUGUCUCCGAAAACAUCCCAUCAAUGUUCCUUGUCACCGAGGCGGGUCAACUGGGCCGCUCAGGAUGCAACGCGGCCGGGCUAGGUCUCACAGCGAACUCCCUGCAGAGCGAUAUUGAUCAAGCUCCCGAUUUAUCAAUCCCUAUUCCCCCUCUGGGGCAUUGA